AUGACACGUCACUUGCUCCUCUUCGUAUUUUGCGGCGUUUUUGGCCAAACCCGGGCCGAUAAUACCCCCCUGUCGGGCCCCACGGACCCCGGCCUCAUCCAGCAAGUGAACCCCAAUUACGACGCCAUUAAGGGGCUGAUUUGCUACCAGUGCCAUUCGGUCACGACCGAAUUGCAGCCCUUGUGCGACAAGUCGAUUUUUAGGCUGGCGACGCGCCAGGAGAAGUACAACAUGUCUCUGCAGUGCCCCUCUUAUCAAGGGUCUUACUGUUUCACGAAAACGCGGAAAUUGAAUCGACACGUGGAAACGUUCAGGGGCUGCAGUGGCCCCAAAGACAAGCACGGGAAUUUAUUGAAAGUGGGGUGCAUGAUCACGAAAAAGGAGGUUUUGUGCUUGUGUGAUACGAAGUUCUGCAACAGGGCCGUCGGUUGUGGGGGCGUAGCAGUUCUUGGGCCGGUUUUGACCACAAUUAUUUUAGUUUUUAACGAGUUUGUUUGAUUUUAUUCAAAUUGCCCGCGCUAAGAAGCGGUGGUGGUCGAAGUUUUUUGUCCAAUUAGUGAGACAAAAAUUAUGUAAAUAAAUAAAACAAUGUUUUUGGUAA